AUGCUGGGAAUGACAGAUGAUGCUAGCAUGGACCAGGAAGACUCAGCUCUCCCAAAUGGGGAAAUGUUCAGCUGGGACAUCAAUGACAUCAAGCUCCCCAAGAACGUGAAACGAACAGAUCGGUUUCAGGAAUGGCCAGAUUCCUACAUAAAAUGCAUCUAUAGCGCUGAUGAUAAAAACGCUCAGAGGCACCUGAGCAGCUGGGCCAUGCGCAACACCAACAAUCACAACUCCCGCAUCUUGAAAAAGUCCUGCCUUGGAGUUGUGAUCUGUAGCAAUGAUUGCUCUGUCCCUCCUGCGAGGAAGAUGUACCUGAGACCAGCCAUAUGUGACAAGGCCAGGCAAAAGCAACAAAGGAAAUCGUGUCCUAACUGUAAUGGGCCUUUGAAACUUAUCCCCUGUCGUGGCCAUGGUGGGUACCCUGUAACCAACUUCUGGAGACAUGAAGGACCAUACAUAUUUUUUCAGUCAAAGGGCGCUCACGAUCAUCCAAGACCAGAAACAAAAGCAGAAGCAGAAGCCAGGCGGUCAUUACAAAAAACUCACAUGUCAGCUUCAUCAAGGGUUAAACGGAACCGGGAUACAGAGAGAGGAUAUACUGAAAGAAGAAAGAAUAUGUUCCAAAGACACGAGGAGAACAGAAUGAGCAUGGAAGAAAGGAGAUUGAAGGAUGGAUCAAAAUGGGAGCCGACCAUCAAGGUAGGUUACCAUUCAUUCAGAUCUAAUGUAGGUACAGUUGGAGAAGAUGUGUAUGAAGGAAAAACCCACCUAAACUGUAACAGCAACAACGUCCCUGCAACCUUCUGCCAGCUUCCACUGGAAGAGUCCUACUUCAUUGCAGAUUCUGGGCAUCACUACUACCAGAAUUCCUUACCUACAAAAGGAAGUGAAUGGCACACUGAAGAGGAAAGAAAAUACACAACUCUGGACUGCUGCAACAAUGAGAUGUUUUUCAACUUUGUCCCUUUACGAUGACACUGUCCGUCAUUCCCACACAGUAUAUCUUACAGCAGAUUCUUUGUUGUUCUCAAGUUGAUGCAGAUACAAGG